AUGAAGGCAAAUUACAAGUUCUCCAACAUCUGCGGGACAGUUUAUCAGCAAGGAAGCAUUCUUUUUACUCCCGAUGGCAACACGCUGCUGAGUCCUGUUGGGAAUCGAGUAUCAGUGUUUGAUUUGGUGAACAAUAAAUCCCGAACACUACCAGUCGAGAAUCGUAAAAAUAUCGCUGCAAUUGCCCUCAGUCCAGAUGGGAACGUUCUGGUGUCUGUCGAUGAAGAUGGCAGAGCGUUGCUCGUAAAUUUCAAAAGAGGCGUGGUUUUGCAUCAUUUCAACUUCCAAAAACCGGUCCAGGACAUACAAUUUUCACAUGAUGGAAAGUUCAUCGCAGUGACCCAUGAUUCCCAUGUGCAAGUUUGGCGCACGCCAAAUCACCUAGUCCGAGAGUUUGCACCAUUUGUACUUCACCACACAUACACGGGGCAUAAUGCCGACGUAUCCAGUAUUCGAUGGUCACCGGAUUCAACCUGCUUCAUAACGACAUCACACGACAUGACUGCCCGAUUAUUCACCCUUGAUCCCUUGGAAGGGUUUCGACCAAAAACAUUUGCUGGCCAUAAGGACGCUGUAGUUGGAGCAUACUUCUCUGCCAAUGGCAAAUUCAUAUACACUGUCAGUCGUGAUGGUGCUGUUUUCACAUGGACAGCCAAAGACGAGCCGGACGACACUGAGGCACCACAGGUUUCUUCAGCUUUCGCACAUUCAAUACCUCGGAUAAGGUGGGGUGUACAUGACCGCCACUAUUUUAAUCUCCCACACACAAAAGUUGUCUGUACCACCUUCCACCCAUCUUCCAACCUCCUGGUCGUCGGAUUCUCCAGUGGUGUGUUUGGACUUUGGGAGCUUCCGUCAUUCACAAAUAUCCACACCCUGAGCAUCUCGCAGGAGAAGAUCUCAUCUGUUGCAAUAUCUCCAAGCGGAGAAUGGCUCGCCUUCGGCGCACGUAGGCUUGGUCAGCUCCUUGUCUGGGAAUGGCAAUCAGAGUCCUACAUCCUCAAACAACAGGGACACUAUUUCGAUAUGAACACGCUGGCUUACGCUCCAGAUGGGCAGACCAUUGCCACAGGGGGUGAUGAUGGCAAACUCAAGGUCUGGUCCGUACAAAAUGGCUUCUGCUUCGUAACCUUCUCAGAACACACUGCACCCAUAACGGGCAUCACAUUCGCGAAGCACGGCUCCGUUCUCUUCUCUGCUUCUCUUGAUGGCACCGUUCGUGCAUUCGACCUAGUUCGGUACCGCAAUUUCCGGACUUUCACCUCCCCUUCUCCUGUUCAGUUCUCUUCCAUAGCAGUUGAUCCAUCAGGAGAAGUUGUUGCUGCGGGCUCAACAGACACAUUCGAAGUCUUUAUGUGGUCAGUCCAGACCGGGAAGCUCCUCGACAUCCUCGCCGGCCAUGAAGCACCCGUAUCUGCGCUGGCCUUCUCGCCAACGGGUGCCAAUCAACUGGCGAGUGGUUCCUGGGACCGCACCAUUCGCAUUUGGAGCAUUUUUGGCAGAUCACGCGCUGUGGAACCUCUUACGCUCUCCUCCGAUGUUCUCUCGAUUGCAUUCCGACCGGAUGGCGUGGAACUAGGAGCGUCGACGCUUGAUGGCCAGAUCACAUUCUUUGAUGUGCGAUCAGGAAAGCAGUCAAAUGUCAUUGAUGGCCGCAAAGAUGUUUCUGGAGGACGAAAAGCGGACGAUCGCGUCGCGGCUGCUAAUAGUUCCUCUACAAAGGCGUUCACGAGCCUUGCAUAUACUGCAGACGGGUCGUGUGUGCUUGCCGGUGGAAAUAGCAAGUACGUUUGUCUAUAUGACGUACGUGAAGGAGAGGGAGUACUCGUGAAGAAGUUUCAGAUUUCAGAAAAUCUCUCACUGGAUGGGACCCAGGAGUUUCUAGACAGUCGCAAGGUUAACGAUGCGGGUAUUAACAUCGAUCUUAUUGAUGACCGCGGCAAUGCCAGCGACCUAGAAGAUAGGAUGGAUACGACUUUACCAGGCGCAUCGAGAGGAGCAGGUGACAUGUCCGUACGAAAGCACCGCCAAGAAGCGCGCACUAAAUGCGUGCGCUUCUCGCCAACAGGGCGUGCUUGGGCAGCCGCAAGCACUGAAGGCCUCUUGAUCUACUCUCUAGACGACACUGUCAUGUUUGACCCUUUCGACCUCACGAUAGAUCUCACUCCGGAAGCUGUCCUCAACAUCCUCGCAGAGGGCGAGUACCUGAAGGCGCUUGUUCUUGCAUUCCGCUUGAACGAGAAACCCAUUAUACAACAAGUUUACGAGCGCAUUCCCCGCAGUGACAUACGCCUCGUUGCACGACAGAUGCCUAGUGUUUAUAUCCCUGCACUCCUUCGAUUCACGUCGGAGCAUCUGGAGAAGAGCCCUCAUCUCGAGUUCGACCUCAUUUGGGUGCAGACUGUGAUUACGGCACAUGGUCGCUUCCUGAGAGAUCACAGCGGUGAACAUGCACCUGUAUUACGAGCAGCCCAGAAGGCAUUAGGUGACGUAGAGGGGUCGAUAUCAAGGCUAUGUGACGAAAAUACGUCAACGUUGCAGUACCUCAUUGACCAGUCGGUGGUCAAGCAUGGACUAGAUGCAUCAGAUGAUUGUCUACCCUGUGAGUUGUGA